CGAUUGUUUAGAAAAGUACAUAUAUUUGCCCAUUUUGUUAAUUCUCUCUUUGGAGUUAGAACGGCAAGAACCUUGUCUUCCUUACCAUUUGGCAUCAUGCUUGAUAUCACCCCACAUUCCAUGUAUGAAUCUAUGAUUGAUGAAAUCAUAUUCUACAGGGCCGCUCCAGGGACUCAAGAUGGAAUAAAAGCUUUUUUCCGUUUACGGAAUGGUGGAGUCCGAAUGAGUCCGGUCACCGAAGUUUCUACAAUAGUGACAGACUCCACCCCUAUGCCAUGGUUUGGAAUCGACAUUGGUGGAUCAUUAGUUAAAUUAGUUUACUUUGAACCCACCGACAAUAAAGACGAUUGUGAUAGUCAACAAACUCUACGAGAAUUUGUGAAAGGCAGAUCUGCUUACUGCAAUACAGGGAUUAGAGACAUCAAUUUGCAGGAAGUGUCCCUGACGAUCCAUAAGUUUGAUGAGAUGGAUGCCUUGAUAAGAGGAGUCCAAUUUGUUGAAAAACACAACGCCAGAGAAUGUUACUACUACAGCAAUCCCGUUGAUGACGAGAAAUGUAAGAAAGUUCCAUUCGACUUCAGCAAACCUUAUCCAUUCCUUGUGGUCAAUAUUGGCUCUGGGGUGAGCAUUCUUGCAGUCUAUUCUGCAAACGAGUACAAAAGAGUUACGGGAACCAGUUUGGGUGGAGGCACGUUUUUAGGCCUUUGCAGUCUAUUGACUGGUUGCGAAACUUUUGAAGAAGCGAUCGCUCUGGCCGAAAAAGGAGAUAGCUCAAAAGUGGAUAAACUCGUCAAGGACAUAUAUGGAGGAGAUUACAUGAAAUUUAAUCUGAGGGGCAAUACAGUUGCCAGCAGUUUUGGAAAAAUGAGCAGUAAAAAGAAGAGAGCAGAAGUAACUAAAGAAGAUCUUGCCAGAACAACUUUGGCCACAAUAACCAAUAAUAUUGGUUCGAUAGCAAGGAUGGCUGCUCUAAACGAGGGCAUUCAAAGAGUUGUAUUUGUUGGCAACUUCCUGCGAGGUAACACAAUAGCCAUGAAGCUCUUAUCAUACGCCAUGGAUUUUUGGUCUCGUGGGGCUCUCAAAGCAUUGUUUUUAGAACAUGAGGGUUACUUUGGAGCUAUCGGCUGUCUUCAAGAGUUGAUGAAGAGUCACUGAGGAUUAUCAUAACACUUGUAUUUAACAUGGGGCAACUUUUGUAUAUUGUACAACAUUUUUUUUUUCUUUAUAAACAUUAUACUUAUGUUUAAAA